AUGUUUGUGCCCUCGCUGGCUGGCUGUGUCUUUUGCUUCAUUCCUGCUUUCCGACGUGCAGCGGACUUCGAGCCCGACGAGCUUUGUGGUUAUUUGGAGUAUUGCAAACUUACUGCUUUGCCGAAGUGUCCGUCAUUGCAUAUCAGCGACAUUGCCGUGCCAGGCGUGAAAGGCAUUGCGCAAACAAUGCUGGGCCUUGGAAUCUGCAUCUUUCGCUCCACGGUCACCAUCUUUGUCAUCCCGAAGCUAGAAAGCCCGUUGCUGCACCAGGUGCUUCUAGGUGGCUGGGCUCUGGCAGAUGUUCUUCGCUACCUGGCACUGCUAAGCCAGAGGCCCUUCUUCAAGCUGCUCCGGCGUGGGGGUUCCAUGGUGCUCUUUGCAGCUGUUGCAGCGGCGGAGGUAUAUUCAACUUGGCUUGUCCUCGAGAGCUUGAGCUUCGGAGCCCGCGAGUGGAUGAUCUUGCAAAUGUGUGUUACCGCCGUCGGGCUGCCCGUUGGAUCCUACCUCUUCUUCAUCUCGGCCAAGAAAGUGCAUGGAAAAGACUCUGAGUCCACGUGA